CCAGGGAACAAGCACUCAGUCGCUCCCUGCAUCUCAGCUUGAGUGGGCAGCCUUGGAGCCUCUGGAUUCUGGCAAAGCUCACAGCAUCUGUGGCUAGUGGUGCAGCGAACUUUUUUGUGGUAUCAGAAGAGAUAUUUAGAUCCCAGAGACACCAGCAAGUAAGCUGUGGUGGGAACUUGGAGGACAGAGGCUGUUCUUCAGUGGAGAUGGCUUAUGCCUCCUGGCAGAUGUGGUCCCCAGUGGAAUGGGCCCGGUGGAUGUGGGCAGCGGUGACCAGCAGUGGGGACUCCAGUCUGCUGGUCCUUCAAGGAGGCUCUGGAAAGAGGAGUUCCGACUCUGAAGAAGCCUUUGAGACCCCGGAGUCAACAACCCCUGUCAAAGCUCCACCAGCCCCACCCCCGCCACCCCCCGAAGCCAUCCCAGAACCCGAGGUCAGCGCACAACCACUCCCAGAAGAAAGAGGAUGCAGUUCUGAAACAGUCUCCAUCCCUGAGGGCCCACAGAGCGACUCUGUAGAAGGAAGUCCUUUCCGUCCCCCAUCACACUCCUUUUCUGCUGUUUUCGACGAAGACAAGCCAAUAGCUAGCAGCGGGACUUACAAUUUGGACUUUGACAACAUCGAGCUAGUGGAUAGCUUUCAGACCGUGGAGCCCCGCGCCUCAGACCCUAAGAAUCAAGAGUGCACAGUGAACACGCGGAGGAAGUCCACCGACUCCGUGCCCAUCUCUAAGUCCACGCUGUCCCGGUCUCUCAGCCUGCAAGCCAGUGACUUUGAUGGUGCUUCUUGCUCAGGCAACCCCGAGGCCGUGGCCCUCGCCCCAGAUGCAUACAGCACGGGUUCCAGCAGCGCUUCUAGUACUCUUAAGCGAACUAAAAAACCGAGGCCACCUUCCUUAAAAAAGAAACCGACCACUAAGAAACCCACAGAGACCCCCCCAGUGAAAGAGACACAACAAGAGCCAGCGGAAGAGAGUCCCGUCUCCGGUGAGGAGAAUCCAGCAUCUGAGACAAAAACGGAAUCCGCCAAGACAGAAAGUUCUGGCCCAGCCUUAUUGGAGGAGACACCCCUGGAACCUACUGUUGUGUCCAAAGCUGUCUGCCCUCUGGACUCGGAAACUGCAGAAGGGGCUAUCCCCCCAGCUGCUGGAGGUGGCAGAGUGCAGAACUCACCCCCCAUUGGGAGGAAGACGCUGCCUCUUACCACGGCCCCGGAGGCAGUGGAGGUGACCCCAUCAGAUAGUGAGGGGCAAGAGGACUCCCCAGCCAAAGGGGUCUCAGUGAGGCUGGAGUUUGACUAUUCUGAGGACAAGGGUAGUUGGGACAACCAGCAGGAGAAUCCCUCUUCUACCAAAAAGAUUGGCAAAAAGCCGGUUGCCAAAAUGCCCCUAAGGAGGCCAAAGAUGAAAAAGACACCCGAGAAACUUGACAACACUCCUGCCUCACCUCCCAGAUCCCCCGCUGAACCCAAUGACAUCCCUAUUGCUAAAGGUACCUACACCUUUGAUAUUGACAAGUGGGAUGACCCCAAUUUUAACCCUUUUACUUCCACCCCCAAAAUGCAGGAGUCUCCCAAACUGCCCCAACAGUCAUACAACUUUGACCCAGACGCCUGUGAUGAGCCCAUUGACCCCUUUAAGACGUCCUCUAAGACCCCCAGCUCACCUUCUAAAUCCCCAUCCUCCUUUGAGAUCCCAGCCAAUGCUAUCGAAGCCAGUGGAGUGGACGGGGACGGGCUAAACAAGCCCGCCAAGAAGAAGAAGACGCCCCUAAAGACGAUGGUUGAAGAUGUGAUGUCUGUGUGUUCUCUGUUUGACACAUUUAGGGUGAAAAAGUCGCCAAAACGGUCUCCUCUCUCUGAUCCACCUUCUCAGGAACCCACUCCAGCUGCUACACCAGAAACGCCCCCGGUGAUCUCCGCAGUGGUCCAUGCAACAGAUGAGGAAAAGCUGGCGGUCACCAACCAGAAGUGGACGUGCAUGACAGUGGACCUGGAAUCCGACAAACAGGACUACCCACAGCCCUCGGACCUGUCCACCUUUGUAAAUGAGACCAAAUUCAAUUCUCCCACAGAGGAGUUGGAUUACAGAAACUCCUAUGAAAUUGAAUAUAUGGAAAAAAUUGGCUCCUCAUUACCUCAGGACGAUGACACCCCGAAGAAGGCCUUGUACCUUAUGUUUGACACUUCUCAGGAGAGCCCCGUCAAGUCUCCUCCUGUCUGCAUGUCGGAGUCCCCAACGCCGUGUUCAGGGUCAAGUUUUGAGGAGACCGAAGCCCUUGUGAAUGCCACAACAAAAAUCCAGCAUCCUGUCACACGAGGGCUGGCCCCCAACCCAGAGCCACAUUUGCAGGUGCCAGAGAAAUCCUCCCAGAAGGAGCUGGAGGCCAUGGCUUUGGGAACCCCUUCGGAAGCAAUUGAAAUUACAGCUCCUGAGGGCUCCUUUGCCUCUGCUGACGCCCUCCUCAGCAGGCUAGCUCACCCCGCCUCUCUCUGUGGUGCACUUGACUAUCUGGAGCCCGACUUAGCAGAAAAGAAUCCCCCAGUAUUCGCUCAGAAACUUCAGAGAGAGGCCACUCACCCAGCAGAUGUCUCCAUCUCCAAAACAGCCUUGUACUCCCGCAUCGGGACCACCGAGGUGGAGAAACCUGCAGGCCUUCUGUUCCAGCAGCCUGACCUGGACUCUGCGCUCCAGAUUGCCAGAGCAGAGAUCAUAACCAAGGAGAGAGAGGUCUCAGAGUGGAAAGGUAAAUAUGAAGAAAGCAGGCGGGAAGUGAUGGAGAUGAGGAAAAUAGUGGCCGAGUAUGAGAAGACCAUCGCUCAGAUGAUAGAGGAUGAACAGAGAGAGAAGUCAGUCUCCCAUCAAACAGUGCAGCAGCUUGUCCUGGAGAAGGAACAGGCGUUGGCUGACCUGAACUCUGUGGAGAAGUCUCUGGCUGACCUUUUCAGAAGAUAUGAGAAGAUGAAGGAGGUCUUGGAAGGGUUUCGCAAGAAUGAAGAGGUGCUGAAGAGAUGUGCACAGGAGUACCUGUCCCGUGUGAAGAAAGAGGAGCAGAGAUACCAGGCCCUGAAGGUGCAUGCAGAAGAGAAACUGGACAGGGCCAAUGCUGAGAUCGCCCAGGUUCGAGGCAAGGCCCAGCAGGAGCAGGCUGCCCACCAGGCCAGCCUGCGGAAGGAACAGCUGCGUGUGGAUGCUUUGGAAAGAACUCUGGAGCAGAAGAAUAAAGAGAUAGAAGAGCUCACCAAGAUUUGUGACGAACUGAUUGCCAAAAUGGGGAAAAGCUAACUCUGAACCAAAUGUUUGGACUUGACCAUUGCGUGCAAUAUGACCGUCGGCACACUGCUGUUCCUCCAGUUCCUUGGACAGGUUCUGUUUUCACUUUUUCGUAUGCACUACUGUAUUUCCUUUCUAAAUAAAGUUGAUUUGAUUGUAUGAAGUACUAAGAAGACUAUCAGAAUUUCUUGCGAUUGGUUUUCAUUUUCCUAGUAUAAUUCAUAGCAAGUUGACCUCAGAGUUCCUGUAUCAGGGAGACUGUCUGAUUCUCUAAUGAAAGACAAAUUGCUGGCCUUGUACACGAGUUUCCGGGGUGAGCAGCUUUUGGAUUUCAUAUGAACAUGUACAGCGUGCAUAGGGAUUCUUGCCUUAAGGAGUGUAAACUUGAUCUGCAUUUGCUGAUUUGUUUUUUAAAAAAAAAGAAAUGCAUGUUUCGAAUAAAAUGCUCUAUUGUAAAUAAAAUUUUUCUUUGUAUCUUGGCAA